AAGUGGUGUUGCCUUUACGUGUUUAUCAUAGGCUCGCAUUUUAGAUUUCAGGCGAAAAGAAAUGUUUAGUCACUUUAGCUAGGCCACAGAAUACAUGACAUUUUCACUUGUAUCAUAUUUUGAGUAGACAGUUUCCAUCCAUGGUUUCGAGUAGACGUCACAUGGGAUAAUCAUAAAAAAUGAACGGAACUGUCUAUCGUUACCACUUUGUUUUGUCACGUUAAAAAAGUCCCGACAUUUUCGAAAGUACCGGAAGGCAGCAUCACUGCUCUAGCAGAUGAUUUUGUUGUCCUUGUAGCAACGUUAACGUCCCUUGUCAACGGCGACUGACAACUGAUGAUUAUACGCAUUUAUCAACUUUAACUGAGCGGAAACCAAUUUCAAGGAAAUGAUUCCAGAGUUGUCCAACCCCUCAGUGUGUAUGAGGGACCCUCAGAGGGUACAGGAGAUCCUACAGUCCAUGGUGAAGGCUGGCUCCAACACCGUGCAGGUGAUCUCAGAUUUUGACAUGACCCUGACAAGAUUUGCAUAUAAUGGCAAAAGGUGCCCUACGUGUCACAAUAUCCUUGACAACAGCAAUCUCAUCUCCACUGACUGCAAAAUAGAGCUGAAGGAACUGCUCAACACAUACUACCCUAUAGAGAUUGACUCUUCACGGUCAGUAGAAGAAAAGCUGCCCCUUAUGGUGGAGUGGUGGACUAAAGCUCAUAAACUGCUGGUACAGCAGAAGAUUAGGAAAGACCUCCUGGCCAUGGUGGUGCAGGAGUCUGAUGCCAUGCUGAGGGAGGGCUACAAGCUCCUCUUUGAUCACCUGUAUGAGCACAGCAUCCCUCUGCUCAUCUUCUCUGCUGGAAUAGGAGACAUUCUGGAAGAGGUUAUUCGCCAGGCUGGAGUCUUCCACCCCAACGUCAAGGUCUUCUCCAACUACAUGGAUUUUGAUGAGUCUGGAGAGUUGAGGGCUUUCAAGGGAGAGCUGAUCCACAUCUACAAUAAAAGGGAAGGUGCGCUGCUCAACACUGGCCAUUUCCAGGAGCUGCGGACGCGGCCUAACGUGCUACUGCUGGGAGACUCUCUGGGAGAUCUGACCAUGGCUGACGGGGUGCAGGAUAUGGAAAACAUUCUCAAGAUCGGGUUCCUCAAUGACAAGGUGGAGGAGAGGAAGCAGUCUUACUUGGACUCAUAUGACAUUGUGUUGUUAAAAGAUGAGACCUUGGAAGUCCCUAAUGCUAUAAUGCUCUACCUUACUGGCAAUAAUUGAACUGAGAAUUAAGAACACCACUGGCCAUUUGGUAUUGAACACCCCAGUGCCAUCAGUUGAGAAGGCCCCUGCUCAGGAAGUGCCAGUUGAAGGCAUAUUUAUAACCAACUAAGAAUGUUUUAUGAUAAUUUAUUAUUUUACAAAACUAUUCACAAGUCCAAUUGACAGCCGCAGUUCACGUACACCACGUCACCCUUUUAUAUUUUUGUUCAUUGGCCUUCCUCUCAUGUUUAUGGUUAAACUGCUUUUGGGCCAUACUGUAUGUGAUUAAAGCCAUAUUUGCAACACCUACCUACUGUGCACCAUGUAAAAAAUGUGUGGAUAUGGGUGUUUUCCUCCAUUUGUUUAUUUGGGAAAAAGAUAAGAUAAGAUUUGUCUUCACAUAGGAUGUAAUGAUAAAGGGAAAUAAAAACGCAAAACAUAAAUGACAGCACUUGACUUUGUAUCUUGUUUGAAACUGAUUUCCAGCCUCCUUUUCCUGCUAAUUUUAACCUGAAAACUGUUUUUUUUACAAGAUAAAAUGUUUUCUUACUUUGUCAAGUCUUCCAAGUUUUUGGCCAUAUUGUCAGCAUACAGUACAGGUUGUAUUUUUUAUGAAAACUAUUGUUUUUGUUGUGUAACACCACUGUGCUAGAUGGUGACCUAUGACACAUACACCUGUGUUUAAGAGUAAAAUAAAUGGGUCAACAAAAAUUAAACAAAUA